UGUUUUACGCACGUAGAACUUUUGGUACGAGGAUAUAAUGACAAUGUUCGCUUGUUUUGUUCGUUUAUCAGGCUGGAAAGCCAUGCGGGCUGAGAAGAGAUGGCACAUAUUGUUGAGUAUGAUUCUUUUGCUCAUCACCUCCAGCCAGUGCAUGGACAGCAAGGAGGUGAAGGAGACGGAAAGGAAAACUCUUCUUAAUCUAAUCCUGCAAGUGAUCAGGGACAAGCCCGCGUCCAGACGCAUCACCAGUGGCCUCUACUCUGUCUCUCAAGAUGUUAAGUUUUCCUCACGUGAAAAGACUGCACAUUUGUCCAAGCCGGACAACAGCAGACCAAUAGAUAUUGUCCCAAGAGACAUAAGCAUGAAAGACAAAUUUAUAGAACAUUUUACAGCAGGACCAGUCAAGUUUCCAUCUGAAUGCAGGACACAUUUCCAUAGAAUUUAUCACAACACAAGGGAUUGUUCCAGACCGACAUAUUAUAAAAGAUGUGCACGAUUGCUAACAAGGCUAGCUAUGAGUCCCCUUUGCACACAAUCAUAGAAACCGCAUGUCCUGAGGAUGUAAAAGAAGAAACUCCAGAGAUGUUGGAGUAAAUUAUUUUUUCCAAGGAAGUGCCUUCAAAUCAUUGCAAUUAACUGUCAUUGUUUUUAUUUUCUGUCAUUUCCAUUUCCACAGUAUAAUUAUUAAUAAUAAUAAUAAUAAUAAAAUAUUUUUUGCUUUUUACCAUAAUUUAUGUUUGUUAAAUGCUUUAAAAAUGUAGUUUUUUAAUAGCUUUGCUUUUUAUAUUAUGAGUUUUAAGGAAAGUAUUAUUUAUCAUUGCAGCCAAUUAUUUAUUUAAAUGACCUGUAAAUAUUCUGUCCUAAUUACAAGAGAGGAUAUUUGAAUAUGUAUCUCAUUAAGCCAUUAUUACUCUUAAAUAUAUUUGUCCCAAAUGUAUUGUUUCUAAUGCAAAUCUAAAAAUAUUUCAUCCAUUACACUUAAAAAAUAUAUAUUUGUGUAGGCCUAUAUGAAAGUUUCGUACCAUGCUGUCAUUUUCAUGAUAUCUACCAUUGGCACUUAUAGAAAUUCAAAUUAUGAAUUAUUUCAAAUUAUGAAAACACAUUGUUUGUUUGAUAACAAUGGUAAAAUUGCACUGAUGCUUUGAACGAAUUAAAACAUUCAAGCACUA